CGUCCGACAAUGAGAUCAGGAGAGUGGGCCAUUUUACGAAAGUCUCUCGCAGUGUCAAUAUGGAGAACCUGCGCAACGGAUAUUUGUUUCCUGAGAUAUCGAAACGAGCAUUUGAUCAUACUCAGAAGCACCCAGAUGCAAGGUUGAUAAGACUUGGUAUUGGCGAUACCACUGAGCCUAUACCAGAUAUCAUAACGUCGGCCAUGGCUGAGUAUGCGAAAGCUCUAUCAACAAUUGAAGGUUACAACGGUUAUGGAGAUGAGCAAGGCAACAUGGCAUUAAGAGUGGCAAUUGCAGAAACGUUAUAUAGAAAUAUGGGAAUUAAAGGCAAUGAAGUUUUUGUAUCGGACGGCGCACAAUGCGACAUUUCCCGACUUCAGAUGCUUUUAGGGUCCGAUGUGACUGUGGCUGUGCAAGAUCCUUCUUUUCCGGCAUACAUCGAUUCGAGUGUCAUUUUUGGCCGAGCCGGAAAAUUUGAAGAGGAAACCGGCAAGUAUGGGAACAUUGUGUACAUGAAAUGCAGUCCAGAGAACAAAUUUUUCCCAAACUUGUCAAUCACUCGGAAAACAGAUGUCAUAUUCUUCUGCUCUCCAAACAACCCAACUGGUAAUGCUGCGACCAAGCUCCAACUCCAACGACUGGUGGAGUUUGCAAAAGCAAAUGGCUCCAUUAUAAUCUAUGACUCCUCAUAUGCUGCUUUCAUCUCGGAUGAGAGCCCCAGAUCUAUCUAUGAAAUUCCCGGAGCCAAAGAGGUUGCAAUAGAGGUUUCUUCCUUCUCCAAAUUUGCUGGGUUCACAGGGGUCCGCCUUGGUUGGACGGUUGUCCCGGAGGAGUUGAAGUACACAAAUGGAUUUCCCGUCAUAAAGGAUUAUGACCGCAUUGUCUGCACUUGCUUUAAUGGCGCGCCCAGUAUCUCUCAGGCCGGAGGGCUAGCAUGCCUUUCUCCACAAGGUUACGAGGCAACAACUGCUGUGAUCGCCUACUACAAGGAGAAUGCUAAAAUAAUUGCUGAUACAUUCAGAUCGCUCGCGUUGAAGGUCUACGGCGGCGAAAACGCGCCUUACAUUUGGGUACAUUUUCCAGGGCAGAAAUCCUGGGAUGUUUUCAACGAAAUUCUUGCCAAAACGCACAUUGUCACCAUUCCAGGUAGCGGAUUUGGCCCUGCUGGUGAAGAGUACAUGAGAUUUAGUGCUUUUGGGCGUAGAGAAAAUAUACUGGAAGCCUCCAGGAGACUAAAAUCUCUUUACAAAUGAAGUAGUUAAUUACUAUUUCAACAUAUAUAUAUAUAUAUAUUUAACUUGGAUAUGGAAAUAUAAACUCUUUACUUCAAGAUAAAUUCAUAUAUGAUUUACCGUUAAUCUAAAUCUAUAACUACAACCACUAGUACUAGUUCUUUUUGAGCCUUUUUUUUGUUUGUUUGUUAUUCUUGGUUAAUUUUUAACUGUGACAAUUUUAGAGGUCUCUUCCUAGCUUGAAGAGGCAAUUAAUCAUAUGACACACCUGGGAAAUUAUAUAUGUUGCAAAAAUGUUAUUUGGUAUG